GUCGUUGAAUUGUGUUUUCCGGCCUGAAUAUUUACAUUAGGCUUUUGUCAAAGUGAUUGGGUCAAGAUAUAUCUAUCUAGAGUUUUGAUUUGGUCGUAAAAAUGGUUGAGUGGACCAAAAUGCCCACAUUUCAUACCACUUUAGGAGGCUGAUAUUUAAUGUCACGAUAGAUUUUGUCCAUACCGACUAGAUUUGGUAAACAAAGGAGGGCAGGAGACGAUAGACGAGCCAUCUUCUUCCACCUCGUCGCUAAAGUGAAUGAGGGAUUCUAUCCAUUGACGACACACGUUAUUCUUUGCCUGUCUUUGAUAAGCCAUCUUCUACGGUUCCACCUCGUCGUCUCGUCGCUACUCUGUGUGUGUGCGCGUGUGAGAGAGAGAGAGAGAGAGAGAGAGAGAGAGAGAAAAGAAUGGGGAAGAAGGCAAAAUUCAUUUGCUCAAUAGUGGGGUUUCUGGGGCUUUUAUCUGCUGCUUUGGGUUUUGCUGCGGAGGCCAAGAGGGUAAAGGCGUCUCAAAUUCCGGCUUUGUAUCUUACUCCAUGUGUACACACCAACGGUCCAGCUCCAGUUCUUGGAUUAACUGCAGCACUGGCUCUUAUGGUUGCUCAAAUUAUCAUCAGUAUCACGACUGGCUGUUUUUGUUGCAGACGAGGUUCUUAUCAAUCAGACUCUAAUAGGAGACUGGCAAUUAUCUGCUUUGCCAUCUCAUGGAUAACAUUUGUCUUUGCAUUCCUUAUGUUACUAUCUGGUGCUUCACUAGACAAGUACCACGGGUACGAGAGCUUUCCCUUUGUAUCCAAAUCUUGCUACUUUGUGAAGCCGGGAUUCUUCGCUGGAGCUGCUAUCUUGUCCCUUGCAACUGUGGUACUUGGAAUCGUCUAUUAUCUCGCGCUGGAUUCAGCAGAAAUCAGCAAUAAUUCAUGGGGUGGGACUGCUGCUGCUCCUAAUCAAGGCGGUAUUGCAAUGGGACACCCACAAUUCCCUCCUCCACAAUACCCCCCACCGCAAUACCCUGCAGGGCCUCCACCACAAUACCCUCCUCAGAACACAGAAGCUCCAAUUUUUGUGCACGAAGACACAUACAUGAGGCGGCAAUUUACUUGAUGACCGUUUUUCUUUGGGGAAAUGGUGGUGCUAGGGCUUCACAGAAAACUUGUUUAUGUAAAGGGUGUGUGUUUAGGGUUGGGGUUGGGGGAAGUUCCUCCUCGCAGUUGCUUUUGCUUUGUUUGUCAGGGCCUAGCCUAUCCCCCGGCCUGAAAAGGUUUUGAAGAUGGAAAGCGUAUGUGUAAAGGAAGGGAAAAUCUUCAAAACACACCCUUUUAUAGUGUGUACCAUAUGUAUCUAUUGUGCCACCUCAUAAAAAAUUUAUUUGUAGGAUUGGUCAUUCAUAACAUUUUAGUAUUUCGUAUCGUAAUUUUUAUACUAAAAAUUCGUAACUUUUCAUCAA